AGUUCGUCUAUGACAUCUACGAUGGUUGUCAUGUCAUUUGAGUUUUGUAGAAAAUAAUAUUGUAAAGAAGUUACUAUUAUUAUAAUGUGCAUAUAAUGAAGUUUUUCCUUGAAUCAUGUACAUGAUAAAUAGAUUUCCAAUAGAUAUAAGUUAAAAUAUGUUAGCUUUAGUUUAUAUUGUAUAGCUAUGUUUUAUGAUAAACGAAAAGCGUAAAUCAGACGAUGGCGUCCGAUAGUGAAAUUUCGUGUUCGAAUGAUCCUAAUUUCGCUGUUAUUUAUUCCUUUUUGAAAGUUUUCGGCAAAUUAUAUGGUUUAGAUGUGCCGACUAUAGCAAAACUUCAAGAAUUUAUAGAGAACACUCAAGAGGUAUUGGAUCCGCUAAAGGAAAUACACUUGAGAUUACUUCGGCGUGCUUUGAAAUCUGUACAGAGCAAUAAAUGGGAGAGAAGCUUGAUAAAAUUUUGCCAUCAACAUGGGCAUCAUCAAGAGGCUUGGGAAAUGGAAAGGUUUUCUUAUAAGAAAGCUAGUCCCCAAGUAAAACUGAAAGUUCUGAAGCUUCUUUUAGAAUAUCAGUUUACUUGUCAUCCAAAAUUCAAGUCUGCAGUAAAUGCUUUAUCCUGUAAAGAUCUUCGGUUAGAUCCCAUUGGGAGGGACAAAAAUGGUUGUGUAUACUGGUACCAAGUGGAUGAUGAUGCCAAUCUGUGCUUAUAUAAGGAGGACCAAGAUGAAGAAACCUGGCAAGUGGUGGCAAGAAAUCGUGAAGAGCUGGUAAAAGUUAUAGCACAAUUGAAAAAUGGUGAAGAAGUUUGUCCAUUGGUAUCCUCAACCACAAAUGAAGACUCUAGCAGUGCUGAGAUACCACCACAAAAAGAGGCCAAACCUGAGGAAGAUGAAGAAAAUGAGGAAGAGUUUCUUAGUCCAGAGUCUGAAUCAGAACAUGAAGUUGAGUCACAGGAGAAGAGUAAAAAUACAGAUAAAGUAGAACAAACAGACACAACAGAUCCUGAAGAAAUUGUAGAAGCCAGAAAAGAGGAAACUAAAGAGGGAAGCCUGGAACAAAAAGAGUUGAAAGAAGAAAUAAGUAUCAAUAUUAAUAAUAGUAACCCUGAAAAAAGUCCACUUCCAGAAAAUCCAGAAAACAAUCUAGACAAAGAGAAUUUAAAUAAUGAUGAUUCUGUGGAAGAUAACAAGAAAGAAGAAAAUGAAACUGUGAGUGAAACAAUCGAGGAACCAGUUAUGAUUGUGACAGGAGAAGGUAACGGAGCUGAUUGUGAAAGUUUUUUCAACAUAGACACAAAAAUCAGGGAAAAUACAACAUAUUUUUAUGAAAAUAACAUAAGGAAUUUAGAAUCGUUUGAAAAAGAAAUUAGUUUAAGUGAAUCUGUUAGUGAAGCAAUAGAAGAACCACUUAUGUUUAUAACUGGAGAAAGUAAUGGAGAAGAUUGUGAUAGUCCUUACAUAAUAGGUGAAGAAAUCACAGAGGAAAUAAUGUAUUUUUUUGGAGAAGGAAGUGGGUAUGACAAUGAUACUGGAAAUCCAGAAGUAAUAGAGCAUGAACAUAGUGCUGCAGAAGAAAACACAGAUGCUGAAAAUGGAAACGAAGAAUGUAUUAAUGGUGAACAUGAUGUUCCCAACAAUUCAAAUGUAACAAAUAAUUCGAAAGUCGUAAAAAGUGUCAAAUUGAAAAGUGGCGUUACUUCGGUAAAUAAAAGAACAUUGAAGAAACAGAACAAUGAUAAUACAGAAGUCUUAAAAUCUGAACCCAAAAAACCCUGUGUGCGCAGUGUAGACUCUACAGAAAGUACUAAUUCUACAAAGUCUGCAGAGAGUGCCACUGAUAGUAGAGAAGGUAGUGUCAAUGAUAAAAGCACUACUGACAAUGAUACUCCAAGAAAAAAUAAUGUGAAGAAAGGCAAAGUAAAAAAGAAAAGAGAAUUAGGUAAUAAAUUAAAAUUCAAUGAAGGGAAAGAAGUUUUAAAUUCUGUAACAGAAAGUGAUAAUUGUCAUGACAGUAAAGCUAGUAUUAUAGAGAAAAGGAAAAGUAGCGUUUCUUCAGUGGAAGAGCAUGAUCAUAUUGAAAACGAAAAUGAGAAAAGUCCUGAAAAAGAAGUUAAAGUUGAAGAUCCUUUGCCGCCCAAAAAACUACGACUUGAUACUCCGGAAAGCGAUGUUCCUGGUUCCAUUUGUAAUGAAACUAUUGACAGCAAAAAUACAAUUGUGAAUGACAAAAAAAAUGACAGCAAACUAAAAUCCAAGGCUGAAGAUGUGGAAAACUCAGUAUCUCAACGUAAAAAGAUUAAAGCAAAUAAAGGAAAGUUUAAAAGAAAAAGAAUACUCAAAAUUAAAGCGGAUAAUGACGCGGAAAAGGAGGAUAGUGAUAAUAAUGUUAGUAUUAAAGAGAAGAAAGCAAAUAAGUCGCUCAAGCGGACCUUACUGGAUGCUACUAUGAGUGACAAAAAUAAAUCUGAAUCUCAGAGCGAGAGUGAAGAGGACGAGCCUGUAACAAGUGGGAAACGUCUCAAGAUUAAGCCCAAAAAAAUUAUCACAUCAUCUAGAAAAAAAGUAGAAGCUAAACUACGAGAAAAUCAUUCAAGUGACGAAUCAGAGGAGGAAACACUUUAUAGCAUAGCAGGCAAAAAGUCCCCGAAAAAGGUAUUGAAACGGAAGCCAAAGGGGAAGGAGAAGGAGAAGAAGAAAGACGUGAAAGGUGAGAGUGGGGCGAAGUCGUCGGAGUCCGACGCGGCGCCUGUGCGGCAGUCGCGGCGCAUCGCGCAGAUGAAGAUCAAGGAGGAGGCCGACCGGCGGCAUCUCGAGGAGGUCGCACUCCGGGAAAUGAAGAUGAUACACAAGAAAAAGAAUAAGGAUGACGAUGAAGAAGAAUGGCAGGCGAGUGGCAGCAGUUCGGAAGGAGAGAAAGAGAAAGCGCGGCGGAAGGGGAAGGACAAGUGGCGCGGGGGGGACUCCACCGGGCCAGACCAGGACUCCGAGUCCGAUGAGCCGCUAUUCGACCUUCAUGAUGAACCCGACCCUAUUGACAACACAAAAUCCGACCACGAGUUCUCUCCUGAAUCGGAUUUAGAAAAUGGGGAACCAGUUGAGCCGUUAAAGAGAGUGCGAACUUUACAAGAAGGUAAAGAAGACGGCGUAUGCGCGCGCUGUGGAAGUGGCGAGCAACCGGAGUGGAUUCUACUGUGUGAUCAAUGUGACGCGGGGUAUCAUGCUAGCUGUCUCAAACCUAUGCUUUUCUUGGUGCCCGAAGGCGACUGGUAUUGUCCGCCAUGCAACCAUGACAUGCUAAUAGUGUCUUUAGAAAAGGAACUAACGAAAUUCGACGAAUUGUUAGUACAAGUUGAGGCGGAAAGAGAAAGAAAGAAAUUAGAGGAGCCGGAAAAACAGAGCGCGAGCGACGACGAAAAAAAAGAGAACGAAGAUACAGAGGAUAAGUCACAUUCCGACGGCGAGAGCAGCAGCGGCUGGUCGUCGUCGUCGGGCGCGGUGUACCGGCUGCGCGCGCGGCGCCAGCUGCCCGUGUCCUACAGGAGCCAGGAGUACGACCGCCUCAUAUCCUCCGCUAUCAAGGAGGAAUACGUGGAGCCGACGACGAGCGCGGGCAAUCAGGGCCGCGGGAAAGACAUCUCCACCAUCAUUGAAGCGGCCGAGGAGGAGAAGAUGAAGGCAGAAAGAGAGGCUCUAGAACAGGGUAAGCCGUUGGAAGUGAAGAAGGCCCGCAAGAAGAGCCGCCGCAAGCCGCGCAAGCUGAACUCGCUGGACGUGCCCUCCGAGGACGACGACACCGACGAGGACUUCAAGGAGACCGGCGUGGAGUCGUCGUCGGAAGACAUAUCGUCGUCCGCGGAGCGCGGCAGCUCCAGCGACUCGCGCUCCUCCGACGACCUGCCCAUCCGCCGCACCGCCAGGACCGACAAGAAAGAUCGUCCCAAGCUCGCCGAGUCGUCACCAGAGGUGAAGAAGAAAAAGAAAGGAGUUUUCACGGACAGUUCCAGCGAGUCUGCUGACGGCAAAGAGUGGUCGAAAAAAGAAGAGAAGAAAUCCAAAUCGAAAUCGCGCCCGAAAAGGGACAAAUCGUCGAAGAAGUCGAGGAAACGAAGCGGACUGACUCAGUACGAUGCGGCGGGGAAUGUGGUCCGCGCGCGGGUCACGUACGGGGGCCUCAGCGACGAGGGGCCCAACGAUUGGUCGCCCAAACACCGCACCCGCCAGAAGAAGAUCAACUACACUGAGAUGCCCAACACUGAAUCCGAAGACGAAAUGCACAAAUCGAGCGGCAAACACAUGCCGGAUAGUUCGGACGAGUUCAAAGUGGACGACUCUGACCUCACCUCAGACUCGGACGCCGAGCGCAAGCGGAACAAGUCCGACACUGAGGAGAAACAGAGGGCGCUCAACGAUCUCAUAUGUAAAACUGCGGUGGUGCCGCUCGAGAAACUGCCCGAAGAUAUCACCAAGGCCAAGACUGAGCAGUUGGAGGAACAUCUCAAAGCGCAACAAGAGUGCGCGCGGGGCGGACGGGGCGGGCGGGGCGGACGCGGCACGCGGGGCACGCGCGGGCGCGCGCGGGGAGGACGCGGCCGCGCGCACAACACUGACGACGCGCUCGCUAAACUCGUCGGCGUUAAAAUCAAAGAUCUGAAGACUGAUGGUUCACCAAUGAAACCCAAUGAUAUCGAACGAGCAAAGAAACGUCAGGAGCGUGAAGCGAAGCAAGCGGAGAAGGAGGCGCGGAGAGUGGAGCGACUGCAGAAGAAGGAGGAGAAGGAGAAACUCAAAGAGCAGAAGGCUAAAGAGAGGGAGGAGAAGAAACUGGCGAGGAUUGCGUUGCAGGAGAGCAAGCGGAUGAAGAAGGAGAAGGUGGAGUUCCCGGCGGCGGGCGGAUUCGCGUCGGCGCCGCGUCCGCCCUUGCCGCACGACUUCCAGGAACAACGGUUCCCCGCGCAACCACGUCUGCAGGUGCGUGCGGAGCUCCGCGGCGUGGCGGGCCCCGAGGAGCGCUUGCAUGCGGUCUCUGCCCUGCGAGAAGGUACUUUGUCAGUAGCCGGCUCGCCACAACCUUUCAAACCUGUGUCGGAGGAACCCAGUAUUAUCACGAGAAUGCCGCACAUGAUCAAUCAACAAUACAGAGGACCAAUGAUGUACCCGGGCGGGAACUCCCCGUACGGCCCCCGCGCACAGAACAUGAUGUACCCUAUGCACCACCCGGGCAUGAACCCCGCGCGGCACCAGUACCCGGGCGGCUACUACCCGCCGCAGAUGCGCGCGCUGCCGCCCGGCUACCCGCCCGCGCCCGGCGUCGCCGCCCCGCACCCGCCCUCGCCCCACGCACACCCGCUCCACGCACCAUUGAGGCAGCCUAUGAUGGGCCCGCCCGCCCACCACGCGCUCCCCGCCCUGCACCGCCCGCCGGGUCCCAGCUCACACCCACACGCGGGCCCCGCCCCGCACGCAAGCCCCGGUGCCCAUGCAGGUCCCGGCCCCCACGUAGGCCCCGGACCUCAUGCAGGCCCCGGGCACCAUGCAGUCCCCGGACCCCACGCAGGCCCCGGGCCUCACGGAGGCCUCGGGCCUCACGCAGGUCCCGGCCCCCACGCAAGCCCCGGGCCUCACGGAAGCCUCGGGCCUCACGCAGGUCCCGGCCCCCACCUUGGCCCCGGACCCCACAUAGGCCCCGGGCCCCACGCAGGACCCGGCCCCCACACAGGCCCCGGUCCCCACGUAGGCCCCGCCCCGCACGCGCCCAACUCGCCCUCGCCGCUGGCCGCCGGCCCCUCCCCGUUGCGGCCCACGGCCACGCCGCCCGCCACCUCGUCCGCGCCGUCCACCCCGAGCUCGACGCCGGGCCCGGCGCCGGAGCCCGCGAUCAAGAUCAAGGCGGAGGUGAAGACGGAGCCCGAGUACCGCACGCCGCCCGCCUCGCCGCGGCCGCCUUCGCCGCGCGACGAGCCGCCGCGCCACCCGAAGAUCAAGCACACGGAGAACAAGGACCGCCGGCCGCGGUUCCCGCUCGGGCCGUACGCGCCGCAGUACGGGCCUUACGGGCCCUACGCGCCGCCGGACGGCCACGCGAUGCCGGCCCGGCCCGGCCAGCACCCGCUGCAGCGCAUGCAGCAGCUGCAGCGCCUGCUGCCCGACGAGCGCGCGCGCCCUCCGCAUCCCCCGCACCCCCCGCGCCCCGACCUCACCUUCCUGAGCGCGCACCUGCGCUCGCAGCGUCCGCCCUACUUCCCGCCGCCUAGCUCCAGCCCGCAGUACUCCUCGCCGUACGCGGACCCGACGCGGACCGCGCUCGGCAAGCAGCUGGCGGCGCCGAUGAUGCCUCAGCAGCGGGAACGGCUGGAGCGCCUGUCCUCGCCGCCAAGCAGAGGCGCCCCCACCCCGCCGGGCGCGGCCGCGGCGCCCCCGCCGACGUCACCGGCAGAUCCUCCGCGAGAGGAUCGCCGGCCGCCGUCCGUGCCGCGUGAUGGAGUCGCCCCGCCCUAUUUGAAACCUAACGACGGCGCCACCCCGCCUUAUAUGAAACCGAGCGACAUGGCCGUCCCACCCUAUUUGAAACAGAGUGAUGGCGCGGGCCAGCCCUAUUUAAAACCGACUGAUACUGCGGUCCCGCCCUAUUUGAAGCCGAGUGACGCCGCGGCCCCGCCGUACUUGAAAGCGAGUGAUGCCUCUGCCCCGCCCUACUUGAAACCAAGUGAUGCCGGGGCCCCGCCCUACUUGAAACCAAGUGAUGCCGGGGCCCCACCUUACUUGAAACCGAGUGAUGCUGCGGCCCCGCCCUACUUGAGACCAAGUGAUACCUCGGCCCAGCCUUAUUUAAAACCAAGUGAUACCGCAGCACCGCCCUAUUUGAAAACAAACAAUGCUGCGGCCCCGCCUUACUUGAAACCAAGUGAUACCGCAGAACCGCCCUAUUUGAAGGAGAGCGAAGCCGCUGCCUCAUCUUACCCUCCGCCUCCUGUGGCCGCAACCCCGAGCUACCCUCCGCCUCACGAGGAGCUCCCCCCGCCGUACCUCAAGCCCCCCCCGGCGGUAGACAAGGCCCCCGUCAUCAAGACGGAGGAGCGAGAGGAGGGCAGUGUGUUCGGAGGUCUCGUCAGUUACUUCUCGAGCCAGAGUCAAGACGACAUAGACGCCUAGUGUUGUGUACGCUUAGCGACAUGUAAAUAUCGUAAUAGAUAAUUUUAUUUAUGCGACGACCGUGCGGACUUGUAUGUAUGAUAUUAUAUUAUAAAACUUAGAAAUCUAGAAAGAUGAGUACGAGUCUUUUUGGUCUCGAAUAAGCGAUGUAUUAUUAAUAUUUUGGUUUUGUUUAAGUGAGAUUUAUUUAUAUACGACAGAUAAGUACUUACAGUAUACUCUGAUACGAAUUUUAUUGAAGAUCGAAAUUAUUUCUUUUGCAAUAUAAAUGUUUUGUCCUA